UCAGAUAACGAAGAAGAAGAUUACCCGUGCAUGAUGAUUGCGAGUAGUCGCUUCAGUAAGCCAUGUCUUGUAGAAGUGUUAGUCGAGGGCAUCAGUUUAAAUAUGGAGAUAGAUUGCGGCGCAGCGAUUACAGUCAUCAGUUUUGAUACCUACAAAAAAUAUUUCAAGAGUUUAGGAGUCACCAGUUGUAACAGUCGCCUGGUUGUAGUUGAUGGACAACAGCUUAAUAUUUUUGGCGAAAUAACGGUUAACGCGUCUGUGAAUAAUGUUCAGGAUCUAGUUAAAUUGAUUAUAUUAGACAGUCCGAGAAAUUUCGUUCCUCUGCUAGGCAGAAACUGGCUUGAUAGAUUCUAUCCUAACUGGCGAAAAACUUUUGGGAAUGCUAUGAAUAUUAAUGCAAUGCGGAAUGAUCCGGAACAAAAUUCGGCGCAGCAGAUAGUCAUGGGAUUUGAAGCGGAUUUGGUGCUUAGGGAGGAAAAACCAAUAUUUCGGAAAGCGUAUGACGUGCCGUUUAAAUUAAGAGAAAAAGUGAUUGAACAUCUGGAUUCUCUUGAGAAACAAAACGUGAUUACUCCAAUUCAGAUACAAUUGUAAUGCUCACCGGAACCAAC